CGGCUGGUAGGCCAGGCCAGUACUGGGAUGGAUUAGCGAGUCUAUGGGUCGUUUAGUAGCAGUUGAACAGCAGAAUGAACAAGGAUGACACGAAGACUGCCAAGUGGGUGCUUUUGUUGCCCUUCAUCCUGUGUGUCCGACUGUGCAAGAGCAAAGCCAGUGACAACAUCACGGACUUUGACUGGCUAAAUGAGACGCAGCUGCUGCAAGUGGAUGGCUCCGACAAUGGCACAGAUUCCACCGAACCCAUCCCGGAUUUGCAUUUGCAGUUGCACAACAUCACUGUCAAUUGCCAUCCGUGCAACAACAGCAACAGUGGCAGAAGUACGGAUUCCAACGUCCCGCUGGAGCAGCUGGUGCAUCAUCAGCAAAUUGUUCGACUUGCUUUCAUGGCCUUGCUGCUGCACAUUCUCGUUGUGGGCGUGGCAUUCAUCAUCUACAGCUGCGUGUACUGGAAGAGCCGGGCCCUAAAGAGGCGCCACAGACUGAACGCCCAGGGCACCCUGCAGCUCUCCGCCCUACAGCAUCGGCAUGUACCCAGCACUCAGAGCUGUUCCUGCCACGGAUGCCAGCUGUCCGGGCGAAUACUGCACGGCCUGAUCGUUCAGCAGUUCCAGGAGAUUGCCGAAUGUUGAGCAAAUGGACAAACACUUUGAAAACCACCUUCUGCUACAUACUAUAUACAAGUUAUAUUCUUGGUUAGGAAACAUUGUUUCUGCAUAAUUGGAGUCAAGGUCACAAUAUAUAUUUCCCAAUGCAACAUUCGCUUGGUAGUAGUUGUACAUAAA